CGCAAGCCUUCCGAUUUGUUAACUUUCCAGCUUGAACUCCACUGAAGUGAGCGUGUUUUCCUUGAGUGGGACCUACGAUUCUGGACUCAUUGUGAUCUUGGAGAGUCCUUAAGUGGGAAAAGAAUAGCACAGCGCCCUGCAUUUCGCAGCAUCGGAUCAAACCAAGGAAAGUAAACAACGUAAACAAAUGAACUUCUUGAAGAAGUUUCUCGGCUCCUCUCCAAAGGGAGAACUCGUAACUAUUCCUUCUGGACAGUUGUUCUUGAAGAGGGCACCAGGCUCACCAAAGUCUGCCAGUGAGUGUCUGUACACAGAUUCAGCGGCUUCGAUUCGUGAAACAUCAGCGCCACAUAACUUUUUGUUGGUUAUUCAAAGAGUGUUUGCCGAAGGUGAGGACCAAUUGCGUGAGGAUGAUGAAGACGGCGACGAUGAAGACUUUGAGGAGAGUAAAGAUGAAAGAGUGUUCCUUAUCGAUGCCGAGUUGAAAGUGUACAGAAUCAAUAGAAGCGGCUCAUGGGUUGUGUCGUGGAACAAUCUCGACGGUGAUGAAGGUGAACAUUUUGAAUUUGUUGUUGACGACUCUGUGAGCGGCUCGGAUGUGGAUCAUUUCAUGAACACGUUGUAUGCGUGCUGCUUUGAACGUAAAUAUCAACGCUCUUCCGCGGGCGUUACUGCGGCGCAAUUGCAAGAAUUUGAGUACGAUCCAGAAGUGGAACCAUAUGAUGAAGCCGAUGCUUUGAUACAUGGCGUCAACAGCUUGGCCCUGUCCAGUAACGACAAAAAUACGCUCAUUUCACAAGAACAGCAACAACUGGAAGAAAAGGACGAAGAAAACGAAGAAGGUGAUAGCGUUUAUGAAGACGCAGAAGAGAGCGGUGUGGAUGAAGUGCACUUGAAGAACUGUCCAACGCCAGAGGGCUCGCCUAUUUCCAGUACAUCGGCUCACUUACACGUUUACAACCCAGAAGAGGGAAGCUUCAAACUGUACAAAACUGUCCAGGCAACCAUAUUGGACCUCGGUGAAUGGGAAUAUUACCUCUCCAUUAAAAACGAGGAAGAACAACUGGAAUUCGGGUCUAUAAUCUCUGAUGAAAUGAGCGCAAGGUUUGAAUCCAGUGUCAUAUCUUUUAUCUUUAAUUACUGGGCUGAUGGUGAUGGGUCAACGUUACUGUUAAGGUUUGAUAACGAAGAUGAGUUGAAUGAUUUCAAACAAGGUUUUAUGAAGGCGUACCAUGAGCACAAUAACCAAUCUAGAUGGGAGAAACAAGACAAUGAAGAACAAAACUAUGUUAUGUCUGCCUUUGAGGUACCAGAGAGGGAUGAUCAACUAUUGGAAGCCUUUGACGGAGAAUAUGAUGAAAAGUCAGAUGAGGAAGAGGAGGAAGAAGAUGACUAUGAGGACAAUAAACACCUAACACAUGUGAAUUUGAGUACUGGAUUGCGCAAAGAGACAUUCUCGGAUUCUGAGGACGAAGACGCUGCUGAGGCAUCUGCUCGGAAGAGUGCUCUCAGAGGCGAGAAUAAGAAUUUGACCGUUGCCUUCAAGAAUGAUCGUUCGUAUGUUACGAACGGAAAUAGGGUUGGAGUUUUCAGUACGACUGAUGACGACGAAUUGAAAUAUGCCACAACCAUUGAGAACUUGAACGUUGGUGGUAAAUCGUUUAACCCAUCCAAGAUGAUGCUCCAUACAGAAGAUCGGUCCCUUGUUAUGCAAGGGGAUAAAAAAGAUACCCUAUACCGUAUGGAUCUUGAAAAGGGUAAGAUUGUUGAUGAAUGGCGUAUCCGUGAGGACUUGCCAGUUGUUGAGUUUGGUCCGAAUGCCAAGUUUAACCAAAUGACAUCUGAACAAACCUUUAUGGGUAUAUCUGAUAAGGGGCUGUUUAAGAUCGAUCCAAGAUUAAGCGGCGAUAAAAUUGUCGAGGACCAAUACAAAUCCUAUUCAACAAAGAAUGGAUUCACUUCAUUUGGUACCACCGAAUCUGGUUACAUCGCUGUUGGUUCAAGCAAGGGUGAUAUCAGGUUAUACGAUCGAUUGGGAAUUAGGGCCAAAUCUCUUAUCCCUGCUAUUGGUGAUGACAUCAAGUAUUUGGAGGUUAGUGCUGAUGGUAGAUGGCUAUUGGCUACAUGUGAAACCUACUUGUUGCUCAUAGAUUUAACUAUAAAGGAUGACCAGCUCGGUAAGCUUGGGUUCCAAAAAUCGUUUGGAAAGGACAAGUUACCAAAGACCCGUAUGCUUCGUAUAUCUGCAGAGAAUGCUAAGUAUAUGCAGAUUAUGACGAAAAAACCAUUGAAAUUCACAAAGGCCCAUUUCAACGUCGGGUUAGAUUCCAAAGAGCAAACAAUAGUUACAUCUACGGGUCCAUAUGCCAUCACGUGGUCGUUGAAGAAGAUUCUUCGUGGUGAUGCGGAUCCUUAUCUCAUCAAGAUGUAUUCCAAUGACGUUGUUGCAGAUAACUUCAAAUUCGGUAGUGAUAAGAACGUCAUCAUUGCAUUGAAAGACGACGUUGGCAUGGUUAGCAAAAAGGCAUUCCGUAAAGCUGACAGAAAGUCGUUGGCGUUCAAACCAAAGGGUGGGUUCUAAGAACGAGUCGUGUUGCUCUUUCUCUAUGUGUGUGUAAAUUGUUUAUAUAGUAAUCUUAAUAAUGAAUAAAAUCACUUUUGUUGAACCUU